GCAGUGGCCACAGUAUUCUGUAUUCUGUCAGUAGCAAGAAGCUGGAAGCGUCUCGCGUUCGUCGUAGAUCGACUGUACGGUUAAGAUGUAGUGAAAUUUGUAUUUGUUGUUUGUUUUGAAAGCCCGAUAAACACGGCCGUGAUCUAAUAAUAAUGUAGCGACAAGUGUCCCAGUAAUCGCGAACGUUCGAAAUUUCAAUUGGCGGCCAUGACCGACCGUUUGGUUACGAUCAACGGAGAGGCUAAGACUCUGUUCCCUUCCGGCUUCGUCCAAAAAGUGCACCACGACUGGAUCAAAUCGGAGAAUCCCGACGCUGUUGUCACUUGUAAACAAACGGAGGACGUGCAGAUAUUUCACGGUACGAAUCUUUGUUGCCGUUCGAAGAACAGCGACACCGUAUUUAAUUGGAAUUUCCGAAUUUUGGCGCGAGGUAAAAGUUUGCAAAGAGUAGCGUUAACUUUGAAUCAGAAUCUCAGGAAUUUUGUAUUGAAAUCCGUAUCGGACAGCACCAACGAGAUAGGAGUUACCAAUGGUCAAGAAUGGUGUAACGUCGCAUACGAGGGCCCCAAUGUAAAUGGAAACAAAAGUAACAAAGUGUACUUUGUGAAAAUAUGGUUUGUCGCUAAUCGAUACGGCACUUACCGUCAGAAUGUUAUAUUUUACUUCGGAGAGUACCCCGUGAUACUUCAGAGAAUUUGCAUGGAUUGUUUACCGACUCAAGACUUCUUAAGGAUUUACGAAGCCACCAACUAUCAGUUCUCUCAGAAUCCAAACGCAUGGCUUAGCGAUACUAUGGAGAUUCACAGAUUCGAAUCUCCUUUCGUACCACCGAAAGACCCAAAGGAGGACAAACUGUCUACUAUAUAUCCGUAUCCUGACAGAUACAACUUUUUCCUAACACAGGAAACUCUUACGGAUGCCCAUUUAACGCCAGAUAAUUACAGAGGUCGUCUUCACGAAUUGAUUACCGUGGAAGAACUAGCUAGGCACGAACAGAUAGCCAGGUAUAACGUAAUUACGCAUAUGCGUCUUCUUUCUCAUUAUAUUUUGGCUUCUACGGGUGAUGCGUCCACCGUUGCUAAAUAUGCGCCAUCCGGUGAGCUUUUUGCCCAGCUGCCACUGAGCCGUUGUGUUUCCGAGGAUACCAAAAGCGGUAGACUGUUUUUGAGAGGUUGCACUAGAGUACUUCUUAAAUGUAUAUCAAACAAUUCUAAUACGCAUGCGAUAUUCGAGGGCCACAUAGAGGAUAAAUGUAUUCAGACCGUGUAUAUCAGACUGUCUAAAGAUUGCGUCAACAACUUAAAUUUGGAAGCUGACACGGAUCUGGAAGUGCAGGUGCAAUUCGUGUUAAAUCGUUUGCCUUUUUGCGAAUGGCACAGAGCUGUGGAUAGCCUUCCAGAUGUAGGACUAGUUUUUUUAAACAAGAUUCCCAUGGAAAUCGAACAACCAGAAAUCGUGAAUUUGCUAAACAUGGAUGGUUCUACUUAUGAACAACAUUGGAGUUUGCACGUGUUGAAUCCUUCGUUGAACAUUGAACAAAAAAGAGCUUUGGCUGUUAUGACGGCUUCUGUACACGUUCCUCUGCCGCCUGUUCUGUUACUCGGACCAUUCGGAACAGGAAAGACGUUUACCAUUGCUCAGGCUCUUCAUAUCUUGCUCACUAAGAGCAGCGAGCACAAGAUUCUGCUUUGCACGCACAGUAACAGCGCGGCGGAUCUCUACAUUAAAGAGUUCUUUGACGUUUGGUACAGAGAAGAGAAUAAUUCACGACUGAAGCCUGUCAGAAUAUUUUACAAAGGUCGGGCUAAAAACACGGUACACCCGGUAGUCCAAGGGUACAGCCUGAUGAAGGAUAACGGUACUUUUCGCGAUCCAACCGAGGAGGAUCUCCAAAACUGCGGUUUAAUCGUGACCACCUUAGCGGCGUCUAGCUCUUUGACGUGCUUGAACUUGUCGUUCACGCACAUUGUCAUAGACGAAGCCGCCCAGGCGUUGGAAUGCGAAGUUCUGAUACCGCUCUCGUUAGCCACCCGACAGACUCGUUUAAUUCUAGCGGGUGAUCAAAUGCAACUCGCUCCAGAAAUUUAUAGCGACCUAGCCAACGAACGCGGCUUGGGCGUGAGUCUUCUCGAAAGGAUCUACGGAAUGUACCCGCGGACUCAUCCUUGUAGAAUACAUCUUUGUCAAAAUUACCGUUCUCACGAGGACAUCGUUAAAUUUACGUCGGAAAUGUUUUACGACGGGGUCGUAAAGCCUGCUAGUAAUUUAUUGGUAAAGCAUCCCGUACUAGAGCCUUUGACCUUCUACGCUGUUCAAGGAGAGGAAGUGCAGGGUAUGCAUUCAACGGGAUACGUUCACGGCACGGAAGCAUACGAAGUGGUUACUCGUGUGUUGGAGCUGAAAAACAGCUGGCCGUCGGAUCGUUGGGGACCAUACGGCGAAGGAUCGAUAGGAGUACUGGCUUAUUACGCGGAACAGGUGCAGAGGAUACGUACGGAAUUGCGGAAACGUAAGCUGGCCGAUGUGUCCGUCGAAAGGGUGCUAAACGUUCAAGGGAAGCAGUUUACCGCAGUCUUUAUCAGUACCGUUCGGACCAGAAACUGCUGCAAAUAUUCCGCAGAGAGCAACGUCAAAGACUACGGCUUUUUAACGAAUCCGAGGCUCUUGAACACAGCUAUCACGCGAGCAAAAUGUUUCGUGGCGGUGGUCGGUGAUCCGGUUGCGCUUUUAACGAUAGGUUCUUGCCGGAAGCUCUGGCGAAGGUAUCUGGAAAUUGCCGAUCUUCACGGUACGAAUCGAGAAGCCGUCAAGUAUCAUCUCAGCUUGGUCCCCGAGUUCCUGUUCACCACGCCAUUGAAUCCACUGGCAGAGGAGUUUGUACCCAGGAAUCAACAGCACGGUUACCUAGUUGAGUACGUACCAGUGCCGAUGAUGUACCCGGUGAUUCAUUGUCGGGAUUUCUGGAAGUAGUUAUCCUACGGCUUUUCUUAUUUUUCAUUUUUAUUUCAUUUUUCACCAAUUCUGUACAUAUCUAUCAACUUUUGAUGACCAGCUGUUUUUGGUAGUUUCAUAUACAUACCCCCCGUUCACGAAUUUAGUUGCUACAAUCGGUGGAAACGAUACAGCGAAAUCCUCGAUAUUUUCUGCUAGAUGAUACAGGAUUCGAAAUGUUUGUGCUAGCCGCCAACAAAAACAAAUAAAUAAAGUCGAGAUGAUUUCGUUUAUUUCAUUGUUAUAACUUUUACUGCUCGUCGUAAGAACUGAUCGAAGGAAGAUGCUGUGCGAUGUAUCAUAAGAAUGCGAUAUACAUACACGUGUUGUAACAGUAUUGAAUAUGUUGACACAAUAAAAAUUAAACAUGUCUGCUAAUACAAGUGUGUGCUCGACAAACGAGGAAAGAUCUCUGAG